CCAUAUUACAGAAGGGGCUUAUUGAUAUGCGAGAUGGAAAAAAGCAAGAUAUCAAAUGGUAAACGUCUUCACCAAAUAGUGUAAUAUAUGACGUUAAGAGUAUAGGACACUUUGCUCACGUCCUGGGUAUCAGCAGUUUAGUCAGUGUAAACUAACCAAUCGUUAUAAACAGGUAACCGUGACAUUUAACAGUGUACACACGGACACAACACGAGGCCUACAACAAAGGAGGUUCGUCCUGUGUGAACGGAUCACUGUGGCAUACAAAGAAAGGAGAAGGUUAACGCUUGGACAGGAUACUGCACAGCGGUUUAUUCUGCUUAUGAACGACGAAAAUGGAAACAAAAACGGAACUAGAGAAAGGUCAUCAAAUACCAAAUGAUGAUGUCAGCAUAGACAACAGUAUUCCAUCCGAGAUACUUAGCAAUGACCUUGAAGAGUGUGUGAAAGACGAACAAGAGGAUAGUAAGACAGGUACAACGGACGAUGGAACUUCGUGCAUGGUAUCCUUUCAACGUACUCGGAGAAAAUUCAAGACCAGCAGCCUAUUCCGCCGGAAAAUUAUGUAUACUAUUUGCCUUUUCUUUUGUAAAUUUAUCCAUGGAUGGGGUAAAGGACUGUUUGGACCAUCCUAUAUAGACAUUCGAAUGAUAAGUGGAACAGAUCUUGAUCAAGGGGCCUGGAUUCUAACGUCGAAUUUAAUUGGUUUCGCCUUAGGAUCGAUUUUACAGGGAGUUCUGUACGGUCGAGCUAACAACAAGUUGACGUUUGGAAUGGCCAUAUGUGUGUACUGUGUUGCUACUGCCUUCGUGCCUUGGUGCAAAAUGUUCGAAACCAUGGUUUUUGCACAUGCUGUCAUUGGUCUAAUGCAGGGGAUAUUAGCAUCAGGUACUGCGACGGAUAUCAUCAGAUUAUGGGGAAAGGAGAGUCGCGUGGUAUUCCUAGGGAGUCAGCUGAUGAUGGCCUUCGGGAGUGCUGUCUCUCCUCUUGUUGUCACCCCAUUUCUAAUCGAACUACCGCAAGAAAUUGUGAAUAUAUCGUCGUCGACGCCAUUAUAUACAAUAGACAAUAAUUUUACGGAUGAACUUAGUUCACCAUCAGUCUCACAAAGCAAGGAAUCUCAAAUUUACAUACCUUUCUCAAUCACAGCGGUACUGUCUCUUUUGUCCGGCAUUUUCUUUUUCGUGAUGUAUGCUAAAUAUGACAGAAAGCAAAUCAAUCGACUGAUGAGUAAUUCUGAUGAUUCCGAAAGCCAACGAAAGGUUCCGAAAAACGUCAAACUUUUUAUUCUCUCCAUGUUUGGCUCAAUAUUAUUCAUAUUCAACGGAGUUGAUGAAGUUUUUACUGGGUUUCUAGCCACUUACUGUGUCCAGUUUUUCCAUUGGUCCAAAAAGGAAGGGGCUUUACUUACAUUUGUUUUCUUUGUUCUAAUCUUCAUUUCACGUAUAUUUGGUAUAGCAAUCGAAAAGUGGAUGAAUACCGUUAUAUUUACAGUGGUGAACUUUGUACUAUUGUGUCUGUCGGUGCUGGGAAUGCUGCUGAUAUCGCUCUAUAAGUUUGAUACUUUAGCUUGGUUCUUUGCUCCUUUGUUUGGGUUUGUAAAGUCGUGCCUCUUUCCCCUGACAUUCAGCUGGACCAAUGAUUAUAUCACACCUGUGACAGGUAGGAUAUCGUCCUUUUAUUACACAACGAUGAUGUUAGGUGGCGCUCUCAAUCCGGUGUUACUUGGACAUCUGAUGGAACAUGAAAGACUAAUAUGGUUCUGUUAUGUGUUGCUCAUCGAAUCAUGUCUCAUCCUCUUCUUCCUCGCCAUCCUCGUCGCUGCUACCAGAUACGUUGUUCGACGUUUUGGACGCGCUUGUAAUAAGACUACUGAUAAACAAAGCGAACAUUUGCAAGAAAAUCGAUCAGAUGCUGUUUAAUAAUACAGUAAAUCAUAUUCAGUUAAAGAGUAUCGGUGAGUUACGAGGGAGGGCUCCAAUAAGUUAUACAUUUUUCUGACAUUGGGUUGCUUGCCAAUUUACAGCAGGAAAAUGUAAGACACCGAAAAAAUAUAUAUUUGCUGUACAAAAUGUAUUUCCUGUAACUACAGUUAUUUUUAUUAUUACCUGUAUAUUGAAUAAAACAUGAAAAUAGCUUACAAAUCUGAUAUACAGUUAAACAAAUGGCGAGGCUCUCUACCUAAAACCGUUAACAUAGUCACAAAUAGUUUAUGCAAGAACACAAAGUUUCGAUAUUGCAUAGAAUUCGUGAUUUAUCUAAUCAUCAUCCACAACAAAUUAACACCACAGAAUAUGAAAAAUAUUUGUUUAUCAAAGAUCGUGCUAAGAAAUUACGUCCAGUUGUUACAUGAACAAGACAGAAUAUAUUAUAUAUAUAUGUUGUAUGUGUGAUAUGUAAAGUUAAAUCAAACUUUUACUUUAUACAGACAAUGCAUGCAGUAAACGUGUCACAACGUUUCAAGACCAACUGAUCCCUUUGUCAUAGUUUGACAAAGAGACCAGUCGGUCUUAAAACGUUGUGACAAGUUUAUUACGUACAUUGUUUGUGUAGAAGGUAAAACUGUGAUAUAACAUAUUUCCAAACUGAAGAUAUGUAAAAUUAUUCUUAAUGCAAGCUGUAAGUUCGCCUUGUUUUCUUUAUCAAAUAUCUUGUUGCAAAUAAAUAUAUAUAUACUGAAUAAUCAUUUAAUGAAAUCCCCGGCAAUACUAAUGCCGGUCAAGUAUACACAGCCCAUAGAUUGAAACCAAACAGAGAAAAUCUUCCUGUGAGGUUUCUCUUACUUAUAGGACGACGAUUUGGCGUACAAAUCGUUGGUUGUAUAUCGGGUUAUAAAGAAGGGAAAAUGGUAUAUUUCUCUAUUAGAGUGCGUAUUUAUAAAUAUAUAUGCAUUAUACUGUCAUAUUCUGUGAUGAUUUGCAUAAACAAAAUUAAAAUGUCUA